GGGACGUUUUUUAAUUCGCAGAUGAUGUACAUUCAUAAAAUAUUUUAUUUUAAUACUGUUUUGUAAGUGCCCGUUACACAGCCCUUCUGUUUUAAAGGCGUCAGUGCUACUUUAAUUGGAUUCUUUUAAAUGGCGUUCAGUGUAUCCCACAUGUCGUAUGUUGAGCUAAUAUUUAUAAAGCAUUAAUUAGAAAUGUUUUUUUUUUUUUGAGGAAGUAACUGCAUUUUUGCUGUUGAGAAAUAAGAAUUCACGAGGUAGUUUUUAUAAAUUGCAUAUUUAGCGAUGUGUAUAUGUAUAAUUCGUUGCUCUCUCUUCCUUGUGUACUGGCAUGUCGCUCAUGUUAAGAUUUAACCUUUUACACAAAGGCAUGUUUAAAUGCAUGCUGCUUGCAUGUUAUGGGGUGGAAACACCACCAGGCCAGUGUAUGUGCUCAAUGUGCGUGUAGUAUGCCGGGUGGACGCAUGAAUGAAUGAAUGUUAGGAUUGGUCCACGGUGUGCGCGCGCACCAACAGCUAAGUUCACGGUACAGGUCUGUGCACGUUUUUUUCUGCUGCAAGAGAGAAAAUGCACUGACCGCGCGCAUGCCGACCGUGUUUACUAUUCUUGUUGAGGAUUAGCAUGGUUGCUAUUUUAUCCCAAGUUUAAUUAUGUGUCAUAAAGUCUCGUGCAUUUAGCUGUGGCCGUAAUUACUGUUUUUUUCUGGUUAUGGCUAUAGGUUUACUGUCUUGCGUUUUUAAUGUGCACCAAACGCAGCGCACCCACCAUUUCAUGGAAACAACUAGUCUACAAAUUACAAGCUUAUUCAUUUAUAUUUUAAUUCUACCCUAUCAUUUAAAAAGAGCAAUGUAUACGAUACGCAUUCAGUGUGUAUGUGACGCGGUAAGUGAUCUGGAAAUCGGAGUGUAUGAACACCUACUGCACCACAGUUUCAUACUCCAGUCUUCUUUCGUUUCAGGUAUAAACAUUCGCUUGUCCUAUAUAAACUGCAUAUGUAUACGUGUGUACUUAAACGCGCCCCCAACUUUGUUGACAGGAAACAUGCCACAUGGUGGUGGAGUAAAAGCAUCUUGCAUGGGACCGGCAACAGAAAAUCAUAAAAAAUGCAUCGUUGCGCAGCUUUCUUGGGAUGUAGUGGUCCAUACGGGCGCCCCCAUGUGGCAAUGUUUUUGAAUAACCACCACAGAUACAUUAAACGACGCAAGUUUUGCUGUGUGCGCAAAAUGAAAUAUCCAUAUGAAAGUAGAUUUUUGCCUAUAGGGAAUUACAAUUCAGACAGAACGUUACGUAGAAUUAUAGAAACGCACUUAUUUUUUAAGACUUUUUUUGGUUCAGUAGUCUAUUGUAUUAACUGUGCUAUGUAUGGUAAUAUUGCACAUAAGUCUUUUUUUAUAGGUUCAGUGAUUAUUAAUUUUGAAAUGUGUUUUUGUGUGUACACUGGGUUAAUUCCGCCGAAAUCAACAUUUGAUUCUCUUUUCUGACAGGUAUCGUUUAUUUUUCUCCCUUAUCUCCAUAGUAAUGUGCUUUGUUGUGACCAAAUCCCUCGCGCUGACCUGCUGCGCGCCAUUCAUUCUCAUGGGCGCGCGGUACUACUUCAGUAGGAAAGUUAUCCUCGGCUAUCUCGAUCACGCACUGCAAACGGACAUGGCUGACAUUGAAGAGUAUUACAUGAAACCCGCAGCAGAUCCCUUCUUCUCCGAGCUCCUGCUCCGCGGGGGAGAAGGAUGGGGCUCAGUCUGGGCGGAGUCAGCAGUUUGGGCGGUGUCAGCACCCCUUCCUUGCCCGUCGCGGGGAAGAGACACGCGACUCCAGACUUGAGCCCAGAUCCCAGGACCGCGCUCCCGUACCCUCUCACCCACCCCCUUUCGGGGGCCCCCAUCCUCCCGAACCAGGACAGUGCGGUGCUUGUUCCUCCCCGCGCCCCUCUACGCAGCCCAGUCUUCCCCCUGGACACGCGACUAGCCUCACUUUACCUGUCUCACCCAGGCUCCUGCUUCUGGGUGGCGGUGCUGGACGGCCGGGUGGUGGGCAUCGUGGCGGCGCAGGGCAAGGAGGAGGACAACGCGCUGGAGCUGCGGCGCAUGUCGGUGGACUCCCGCUUCCGGGGCAAGGGCAUCGCCAAGGCGCUGGGCCGCAGGGUGCUGGAGUUCGCCGUGCUCAACAACUACUCGGCCGUGGUCCUGGGCACCACCGCCGUCAAGAUGGCCGCCCACAAGCUGUACGAGUCGCUGGGCUUCCGCCGCGUCGGGGGCAGCGAGGACCACCGGCUGCCCGGCAUGAGCCACUCGCCGCUGGAGCGGAUGUUCUUCCAGAUCCGCCACCACCGCUACCGCUUGCAGCUCCGCGAGGAGUAGAGCCGCCGCCCGCGAGCCCAGAUCCGCCCUCUCCUCCACCCACUUAUUUAUUUUUUUAACUAUUCCGAUUCUUACUACUACUACUAUUAUUAUUAUUAUUAUUACAAUUCAUCGUAACCACUAAUUCUUUUUAUUUAUUUAUUUCCAUUAUUAUUACUUCUUUUUUUAUAGGACCUUUUUUAGUGGAUUUUUUCAGAUUUGUUCUUUUUUUAUUCUUUAUCUUUUUAUCACCCUUUUAAACUUGUAUCUCUCCCCUUUAUCAAAAGAACAAAAAAAAAAAAUACAAAACAAAAAAAAAAACAUAUUUUUUCAUCAUCUUCAUCUUCCUUCAUCUGAUAACAUCCUUACCCCCAACCCCCCCCCCCCCCACCUCUCUACCCAAACUAUAUCACCAACCAAAUGGACCCCCCCCUUGCUCAUAUUAUGCGAUGGUAUAUAUUUUUUCAGAAACCAACUGCCCACCCUCCUCUACCUUAGCCUCUGUUCCAUGCAGCCCCUCCCACCUCUUUUGGCCCUGCCCCCAUCUUCAGAAUAACAAGCUGGGAUGCGCAGGAAGAGGAAGGUGGCCCUGUUGGAGUGGGCUGGGCGUGCUGGGGCAGGACGAGGUGGCACGAGGCGGGGCAAAGGGCUGUUAUUCCGGGAGGACGUCGCCAGCGUGGCUCGCCCCUCCCCUCUCACUCCGGCUCCCUCUCCAUUGUCUCACAUGCGUUCGUCUCAUCAGGACGGGAAAUGGCGGGCGCUCGCUGAUGAGUCGGCCUUAUUCUGUUUGUGUUUCCUUUGAUUUUUGAGCCGUCUACCCACUAUCUACAACUUAAGCACAGCUGCUUUCCAUGUCCCUGGUAAAUGAAGAGGGGGGGGGAGUAUUUUGAACCCUGAGCACAAUGAUUACCGUUGUGCAGUUCCAUCUCUUCUCCCUCCUCCUCCAAGCUUUCUGACACCUUUGGCCCCUCCCUAACACCGCCCCCCUCCCCUCUCCUUUGGUGAUUGGUUUGACGAUGUUUCUCUCUCUCUCUCUCUCUCUCUCUCUCUCUCUCUCUCUUUCUCUCUGUCUGUCAUGGACUCCUGGUGGGAGUGGGCUGGGCUCCUAGUGGGAAUGGGUGGGGCUUCUGGUGGUGGGAAUGGGUGGGGCACCCGGUGGGAGUGGGUGGGGCUUCUGCAUGGAGGGAAAACGGGCAGCUUCUCUUCCACAACAGCACGCAGUUAUACUACAAGAUAUACAGACACAAGUGUGUGUGUGUGUGUGUGUGUUUGUGUGUGUCUACGCAUUCACACGUAUGUGCAUGGUGCAUACAAGUGUGUGUACAAGCGUGUCUGAGUAUUCAUGUGUGUGUUUGUGUGAAUGACGCAAAGUACGAUGCAAGAAACAUUCUAAAUUCAAGACUGUAGUUUAAAUUUCCCAUCAGAGAGAAUAUUGUGCGAUCCUCUCAUUGUUAUCAAUAUUAAUAUUGUACUUAUUAUACUUAUUUAUUUUAUUUGAAAUAUAUUUUAUGUACGUGUGUACAUGUAUAUAUCAAUAUAUGCUUAUACACACAUAUGCAUACGGAAUUUAUGAAUUGAACUUUUCUUAAUGAAAUUUAAUUGAAUGGAAAAAUAAUUUUUAAAUUGAAAAUUAUAAUGAAUCGAGAUUAGUACUGGGAUUUUAAUGUCACUUUCAUAUUUGAGAAAAAAACACCUACAGAGAAGCACCUCUAUACUGUAGUGUUUUAAUGACUCUUUAAAAAUGAGCUUACAUUAAUAAAUUCUCCCUGUAAUUAGGACUGUACAUUGUUAGCAAUAUUUGUGGCAAAAAUAUUAUUGGGCACAAAGUUGUGAAAAAUUGGAUAUAAGCUAAAUGGAAAUAUAUAUAGGCUAUAUAUCUACACAUCUAUAUAUCUCUAUAUAUGUAUGUGUAUACUAUAUGAAUAUAUACAUAUGAUACACCUUAAAAAUGUCCAACUUCUCUCCAUCUCCAUUCUUCUAUCCAUAAGCCAGCAAAGGGAGAGUUUAACGCAAUGAGCCGAAUUUGUUACAUACUUGUAAAAAGUAAGAAUAAAAAUGUUAAAAAAAGAUACAUAGAUAAAAAAUUAAGGAAAAAAAAAACAUCUCCAAUUUUUCUUGUCUUGUCUCUCGCCCUCCCAUGAAUAUGACUGCAGUCCUGAGCCCACCCUCUCUGCAUGUGCCACACAGUCUUGCUGUGCUGCUCUUUUAAUGUUCAUUUGAGCUUGUACCCUGUGAUGUCAUCGCAGCAGUGUUGGGCCGCGCCCGCGGUCACGGCAACCUGUGUUACGGGCGUUCAGUAAACCAGACCUGGAGCAUGUAAGAAAGUGCGCUGUAGUGUGUGAGCCAGGAUGGAGCCUUGCUGUAGAUAUCUAAUCUCUGGGGAGAGGGAUACACUGAGACAGAGGGAGUGACAAAGAACACACUGCGGAGGGCCCUGCCCCUCUCACAAGCCCCACCCACUGCCUUGAUGACAUCACAGUGGGAACUGUAGAAUGCAAAAGCAAUGCAAUGCAAAUUUGGCAUGCCUCUGUACCUGGUGUGUGCGUACAGCACCCUGCCCUGUAAAAGAAGUAAAAUAACUACAAGAAAAAAAAAUAGAAAAUAAGCUUAUCUUUAGCUUAAAAUAUAACAAUGUGUGUUUAUUUGUGCAAAGGAAUUACUGUUUUGCAUGAAUCGUGUCUUUGAAGGAAACUAAUAGGAAAAAAGAUGUAUCACAUGGCAAGUCUAAACUAACAGUGGAAUUGUACUUUACUUGUUUUUAUUUUAAGUUUAAUUAGUACUUGGUAACUUUGGUUUUCGUAAUGCAACCAAUGGGGAUUGUUCAAACAAAGUGCAAACUGAAAAGUCCUUGAAAUCAACAUUUUCUCUCAGACUGUGCUCCUUCUUGUAUAUACAGUAGCUCAUAAUCCACAUUUAAUCAGUAUUUUGGCUUUUCCCAAAGAGGGAAAAAAUGUAACAACAGUCAUACAAAAAAGAAAAACAAUUCUAUAUUAUAUUUUGUGGGUUUUCCUCUUUACAUUUUGUUUGAACCCCCUUCACCCCUGACCAGCCAUGUGAGGUGAAAAAUGGAGGGUACGGUAGAAAGCCAAGCUUGUCCAAAAAUGUUAACUGAACACAUGCUAAUUAAGUACCCACACCCCUCCUUAUUUGAUCAGACCUUACCAGAGCUUGUGGGUAUGUUUCAGUCAGAGUAGAUUCAGACGUCACCCCAGAAAAUGAAAGUAAACCACCCUUUGCCAAAAUUCGGAAGAUUGUUCACAGAGUUCUUACAUGGCCUACAGUCGCUGUUAUUCUGGCUUUGACAGUGAGCAUUGCGUAUGAAGCUGUAGAUUCCAACAGCCACAGAGAUUUUUCAAUUCUGUGAUCCAGGUACAUUAAAUGUAGUUAUUAAUGAAGGUAAUUAUACUUCUUCAUUGAGGAUAAUGGUGAUGGUAAAAUGGCUGUCAAAAAAUGCUGUCACGAAUGGAAUUUUUUUCGUUGUGGAAAUAAGAGGACAUUUCCUCUCUUUUUGCCAGCGAAAGUUCUCUCUCAUUUGAGUUGUUUUAAGCACCGCCUCACUUCAUUUUAUUGGUGAUGAACAUUAAAGACUUGAAUGUACAGGGCAUAGACAGACUUCAUUGAUUGUUCUGUUGUUAAACAGAGGAAGACAGUAGUUGCACUUAACUGCAUUUGCUCAUGUUGAGAGGCAAAAAAAAAUAUUACAUUGAUCCCACUGAAAAGGUGCGACUGCAAUUCAAAAAAAGACAAGGAAAGCAUUCCAAGCACAGGGGAAGACGAUUCACCAUUUGCCUGAAAACCAGAUAGCAGAAUAGACUGCUAAAACAUCUUAGAGAGGAUGUUAGAAUUAGAUUUCAGACAGCAAUGCAGUCAGAUCUUGACAUCCAUAAUACUGAUCCUGCAUUUAUUGAACAUUUUUUGAACAUCAAAGCUUCAUGAUUUGUAUUUCUUAUCAUCAGCCUACCUUUCACUUAGCAGUCAGACACCAGUGAGCGGAUAUUGUCGUCUGCGCUUUCAUUCAUAAAUAUGGUGUUGGGGAACCAGUUCAUAGCACAUUGACCCAGGAAGCACAUUGAUAAAUGCAAAACGUUCAGUUUUUCCCAGUCAAAAUGUACACAUAUCAAUUCAGAACACAGACACAAAUCUAGAUGCACAAAUGACCUCUACUAACCAGUAUUUCCAGUUAGAUCUGUGCAACUGUGAAGCCACAGAGCUUGAAUGUAAAAUGGCAAGUAGUAAUGUAAAAGAGAUCUGUGAGAUAUCACACAAAACAAGGACUUCCCGAGGAGCUUUUCAUGAACUGCCUUGACUACAAAUAGAGGUCACUUCGCCGUGCCUGCUUCAAUUGCUGGAUCCCGAAAUGGACUGACGUGUAAAAGUGGAAUGUUCUUUGUGAUGGUCAGAGCUUUGCAGGAUGUUGCAUCUCUGUUACUGGGGGGACAGUUUGGGAGGGGGGUUGACGAGGGCCAAUGGGCUGUCUGAAACCCUGCCAAAUGGGAGCGGUUAACCCCCCUCCCUAUUCCAAUGUGUCUUAUUCCUCAGGCUGUGCUGUUUGAAUGUCAGUCAACUAGAAGCUACACUGUGGUGAUCAGGGGGCAAAGAUAAUGACCAUUUUACAGACAAUCUCUCCUAAGAAGGAGACUGUCCAGGAUAUAUAUCAACCAGGAAAGAGCUGCUCUGUACUGUUUGGCCCAACAGAUGCAUCAGUGCACCUGUGCUAAUGAUUGGUUUGGCCUCCUGUGUGAAUGGUCCCUUGUUUGAAAAGAAAUAUGGGUGUGUGUGGGGCGGGGGGGGGGGGGCUUCCAUACUGUGACUGUAGAACGGGGGUGCACAGCUCCUUUCCUGGGGGGGCGCAGUGUGUGCAGGGUGCAGCUGUAGCUCAUGACUUGUGAUUGGGGCUAAUUAAUCGAGAGCAUACUGUAAGCUGGCAUGAAAUCCCAAAACAUACCGACCCCUGGGGCAACUUCAGCAACAGCUCUGAUCAGACAGCUGUGUGUUUACACUGAACAGAUCCUGUGUGACCCACGUGUGGAUUUGUCUCUCUUUCCGUUUUUAAAUGAUUAUUUCAACGCAAGGGAUUGCCGGUUCUGUCAUUGUGUUUGCGAGUUCCCAGGGAGGCCAUCGGAACCACGACCCUUCUCUGAAUGGCAGUUACGGUCAGAUGCAACUUGACGGCCGUGAAGGGCUCGGGGGUGGAGCACAGGCCUGUCAAUCAGCGCUCGCCUCGCCCCUCCGUCUGAGAUGCGGAUCGUCUCCCACUUCAUCAGGGAAGUGAUAAAGUGGGGUCGGGGGGGGGGGGGGGGGGCUGUGCUGCUGUUUCUCAGGCACCAGAUCAGUGACUCACAUCGAUUAAUUUAUGAAAGCGGUGGCGGUAGCCGAUUGCGAGUGAUGUCUGCACUCGGGCCUGUGGUAGAAUUACAAAUGCUGAAGUGCUUUUUAAAACACUGAACUGAGCUCAGAGAACGGUUGGGAACCGAUGUGCCUCCCGGGUGGGGUCAAUGAGGGGUCUUGGAGUGAUCGGAGGGGGGAAACUAUAUUCACCGUGUGCUUUCUAAACCAUUAUCCAGUAACUGUUUUCUAUCAAAAAAAAAAUGUUUAAAAAAAAUAUAUAUAUAUAUACACAAAUCCCAAGAAAUGCAACCAUUAUCCUCCGUGUUAAUUCUAAAUACAAAUGAAACAAUGCUUUCAAAAUGCAGCUGAGGGUUCUUUUUACAAAGCAAACCGCCGUCUUUCAUUUUGAGUGACUGUGUGUAUAUACUCAAAUCCAGUGCUGUUAAAAAACAAACAAAAAAAACCACGGAUUUCUGAAUGGUACCUGCCUUAGGAAGAUGGCUGCCACAGGAAGGUUCCACCCGUAGAGGACAUGGGGGUGAAGGGAGAGCAUCUCUGAUCGUGGUUCACUUAACACCCCCCCCAUCAUGACAGCCUGGUGUCUCCCUUAUUCUUGUGGCCAAGGACACUUCUGUCUGCAACUGCAGGUGCCAAGAGAGCAAAAGCACUUGUAGCACAACGGCAUCAUUGCGUUUAAAAAAAAAAAAACGAUUUUGCUUCUACUGUAUGUACCUUAUGCAUAUGUACAAUACAGCAUAUAUAUACAAAUAUACAUAUACAAAGUGUAAUAUGACACGGUUAUUUUUAAAGGUUUACAUUGCCAAAGGGGAAGGUUCUGCUUUAUUUUUCAUUAAAGGUCUUUGAGCGUCUGCAAGUGUUUAACACAAAACUGUAUUUUAAGGUAUUAUUUCAAAUCUGUCCCUGCCCACGUGCCAUCUAAUCUAGCAAUAAAAAUAAACCACGACAUACAAUCUCUAUGUGAAAUGCUGCAAUGUUAUAUCCCAUAUACUGUACUGGUUAAGGUGGCGAUUGUGAUUGCUUUACUGUUGGCAUGGCAAACAUCACCAGUAAUGAGUUGUGGUCAGAAGAGAGGUGUGACUGUCCAAUGACUUUUUUUUAUUAUGAGAAAAAUAAAUGUUUUUGUUUGACUUUGAAUUAACAUUACACAGAUCAUGGUGGUGUGCUUCUGCAUGGUUGGAACAAAUGUGUGUUAGUCAGAAAUGAGUGAUUUCUUCUGUAUUCCCGCAGAAAUAAGGAACUUGAUGUUUUCUCUAAAAGCUGUCAUUUCCAACUGUGCUGCUCUGAGCUCCGAUUGGUCAAUCUCAUAGAUGAAUUUCACUCUUCAAUGGCUGCACACACACUCUUCUCACUGCACUUCCAUCUAGGCGUGGAAGCGUAACAUGCAAAUAGGACAACAGCAAUGAUAAGGAGCGUGCUGCAAAGCAUACUGGUCCAAAACACAAAAAUGUCAGAUCUUUUCUGGAGGAAAAAAACCUUUUUUAUUAACAUUUUAAUAAAUGUAAAGUGUAAAGUGUAUUUUACUGUAAAUAGCACCUGGGACAGUUUGUGAUCCUUUUGUAACAGUACCUGAAGACAAAAAAAUAUAUCCAUAUUUUGAAAUGUUUACAAAAUAACAAGAACUGAAAAACACAUAUACAUACAACACAGGCCAUACACACACCUCAGUAUGAACAGCUUUUAGAGAUAACACCCGUCCCUCACCACUAAUUGGGCUCAAAACAGUAGUCGCCUGAGCUCUGCGGCUUUCUGCCCAGCAACCAGAUUAGAACAUGCGCUCCUGAGGGUCAGGAUCCCGUCACUGCUGUAGCGUUAGUCCUCUCUGCUCUGGGCUCCUUCAGAUGGAGACAAGCACGUGCAAAAGCGCAGCAGCUACGACAAGACCAUAUGCAGCCGUCGGGCUGGGCCGCGCGUGGGAGAGUGAGGGUGAAGUCGUUAGGGCGUGGCCAGCCUGUGGACAGAAUGACUGUCGUGUAUGCAGUGAUAUCCUGGUUCUCUGGGGUUUGUAUUUGAGUUCCUUUAAUAUUCCUUUCACUGUUAUUUUGGUCUUUGGAUUUCCUUUUUUCUUUUCUUCUUUUUUUUUU